CGGGCCCUGGCGGGGAAGCAGAGGCCCAGAGGCAGGAGGGAGCGGUGGGCCAAUGGCUAUAGUGAAGAGAAGCCUUUGUGUGUGCCCCGAGAUGCCCCUUUCCAGCUGGAGACCUGCCCCCUCACGGCUGUGGAUGCCCUUGAGGCCUACUACUACGUGCUGGGCCCAGCCAGGGAGACCAACAUCGCCGUGUUCUGGUGUCUGGUCACCAUCGCCUUCUCCAUCAAGGUGUUCCUGACGGUGACCCGGCUGUACUUCAGUGCCGAGGACGGGGGUGAGCGCUCUGUCUGCCUCACCUUCGCCUUCCUCUUCCUGCUCCUGGCCAUGCUGGUGCAGGUGGUGCCUGAAGAGAUCCUUGAGCUGGGCCUGGAGCCAGGCCUGGCCAGUAUGACCCAGAACUUGGAGCCAAUUCUGAAGACACAGGGCUGGGACUGGGCGUUUCCUCUGGCCAAGCUGGCCAUCCGUGUGGGGCUAGCAGUCCUGGGCUCCAUGCUGGGUGCCUUCCUCACCUUCCCAGGCCUGCGGCUGGCCCAGACCCACCGGGAUGCACUGACCAUGUCAGAAGACCAGCCCAUGCUGCAGUUCCUCCUGCACACCAGCUUCCUGUCCCCCCUAUUCAUCCUGUGGCUCUGGACCCGGCCCAUUGCACGGGACUUCCUGCACCAGUUGCCCUUUGGGGAGGCACACUUCUCCUUGCUGUCGGACUCAGCCUUCAAUUCCCUGCGCCUCUGGGUGCUAGUGGCACUGUGCCUACUACGGCUGUCAUUGACCCGGCCCCACCUGCAGGCCUACCUGUGCUUGGCUAAGUCCCGCGUGGAGCAGCUGCGGCGGGAGGCUGGCUGCAUUGAGGCCCGAGAGAUCCAGCAGCGGGUGGUACGGGUCUACUGCUAUGUGACGGUGGUAAGCCUGCAGUACCUGACGCCGCUCAUCCUCACCCUCAAUUGCACACUGCUGCUCAAAACACUUGGUGGCUACUCCUGGGGCCUGGGGCCUGCCCUCUCACUAUCUCCAGUGCUGGCAGCAGCCCGCCAUGGCCCGGUGGGCCCCAAGGAGGACGAGGCCCAGCAGGCAGCGGCCCGGAUCACUGGGGCCCUGGGCGGCCUGCUUACUCCCCUCUUCCUCCGCGGUGUCCUGGCCUUUCUCAUCUGGUGGACUGCCGCCUGCCAGCUGCUCUCCAGCCUCUUCGGCCUCUACUUCUACCAGCAUCUGGCAGGCUCCUAGCCACCUGCAGACACUCCUGGGGCCCCAUGGGGGCCCCAUGGCUGCCCCUUCUGUGUGUGCCUCACUGUCCCCAGGUGCAAGUAGGCCUGGGAAUCUCCACUGUGCCCAAUCCUUUACUGCAGUCCUAUGAAGGCCCCUUGGACCCUGAGCUUCUGUGUUGAAACUGACUCCUGGGGCCAGUGGCAGGGGGCCCUACAGCCUUUGUUCCUGGAUUGCGUGUGUACAUUCAGGUUUGACAGCAGAGUAAGGGGCCACCCUUCUGAAUAAUGGCUUUGUACAAAAAGGAAACAGAAGGGAGAUGGGGGUAGCUAUGGCUCUGGGCUGGGCCACAGUGGCUACUGCCCUCAGCCACAGGUGCAUGGGGACUGCUUUCCUGUAAAGGUCACGUGCAGGCAAAUGUGCACAUUGUUCAGGCCAUGGGGACCCAGGAGGAGGAGGACGAGGAGCCCUCUGACUCCAGAAUUUUUCUGUCACUGGCUACAUAGUGGGAACCCAGUGUGUGUGCACGUAUAUACAGCAACAAACACAUGGCAGAAAAGCCAAAAUUGAACUAAGUAAAUUAUAAAGAUCUUAAUUGGCUUUAUUCAACAACUUA